GCCAUGAGGUCCAUCCUGCCCCUGGGGUUGAUCGCCACCGCCCUGGCCGUUGCUCCUCUCCGCUUUGACAGGGAGAAGGUACUCCGUGUGAUUCCCCAGGAUGAAAAACAAACCAAUGUCAUCAAGCAUUUGGCCCAAACCAAUGAGCUUGACUUCUGGUACCCAGACGCCCCCCACCACGUAACCGCUAACAUGACAGUGGACUUCCGAGUGAGUGAGAAGGGAUUCCAGUCCGUCCAGUCUGCCUUGGAUCAAAGUAACAUGCACUAUGAAAUCCUGAUACGUGAUGUGCAGGAAGAGAUUGAGAAACAGUUUGAUGUUAAAGAAGAUACGACAGGCAGGCACAGUUAUGCAAAAUACAACAACUGGGACAAGAUUGUAGCUUGGACUGAAAAAAUGGUGGGAAAACGUCCUGACGUGGUCUCUCGGAUUAAAAUUGGAUCCACAGUUGAAGAUAAUCCACUGUAUGUUCUCAAGAUCGGGAAGGAAAAUGAGAGAAGGGCUAUUUUCAUGGACUGUGGCAUCCAUGCACGAGAGUGGGUUUCCCCAGCAUUCUGCCAGUGGUUUGUCUACCAGGCAACAAAAAGUUAUGGAAAAAACAAAAUUAUGACCAAACUCUUGGACCGAAUGAAUUUUUAUGUUCUACCUGUGUUCAACGUAGAUGGGUAUAUUUGGUCAUGGACACAGAACCGCAUGUGGAGGAAAAAUCGCUCCAAACACCCAAACUCCACCUGCAUCGGCACUGACCUCAACAGGAAUUUCAAUGCUUCGUGGAGCUCUUCUCCGAGCACCAACCACCCAUGUAUGGAUACCUAUCGGGGCCCUGCACCAGAGUCUGAGAAAGAGACAAAAGCUGUCGCUGACUUCAUUCAAAGCCACCUGACGUCAAUCAAGGCUUAUAUCACCUUCCAUUCCUACUCCCAGAUGCUGCUGUUUCCCUAUGGCUACACAUCAAAACUGCCACCCAACUAUAAGGACCUGGUCAAAGUCGCCAAGAUCGGCACUGAAGCUCUGUCAACUCAAUACGAAACCCGCUACAUUUAUGGCCCAAUAGCAUCAACAAUUUACCCUACAUCAGGCUCUUCCUUAGAUUGGGCUUACAACCUUGGCAUUAAACAUACCUUCGCCUUUGAGCUCCGAGAUCAAGGCAGGUUCGGGUUUCUUCUUCCAGAAUCCCGCAUAAAGCCAACCUGCAAAGAGACCAUGCUCGCUGUCAAGUUCAUUGCCAAGUACAUCCUCAAGCACACGACCUAA